AUGUUUUCUUUAAUGAAUACUCUUCGUCGUACUACCUUCCAAAGCUCUAUUCGAGCUAAGUCCACAGCAAACCGGGGCACCCGGAUGAUGCAUACCACUCACCCCGGGGCCCCAGAAACACACUCUACCACCGCCGGAAGCGACUUUGCAAUAACCACCCUCAUCUUCGGCCUAUUCGCAGUCUCAGGCCAAAUCCUCAAAGCCUACGAAGAAGUCAAAGAAGAGUGGGAUUCUUUAAGAAUGUCCAUGUAUGGAUUCAAAUGCGAGGUUAGAAUCCUAGAAAGGGAUCUUAAGAUCCUUGAAGGAUUAGUACGCACCAAGGAGAUGGAAGAAGGGGCUGCUGUUGGGGCCGAAAAGGAGAGAGAAAAGGGUGCUCCACUAUUGAAAGUGGGACCCUUUGAGCCUUCGAGGUUAUUGUGGGCUUCGAAGACCGUUUAA